AUGAAUCAAGGACAAACGCAGUCACAGACGACGGCGACGGCGUCAACAACCACCGGUGGUACGGCGGCUCCGCCGCAGAGUAAGCCUAAAGUCCGAGCUAGGAGAGGUCAAGCUACUGAUCCUCACAGUAUCGCCGAACGGUUACGGAGAGAGAGAAUAGCGGAAAGAAUGAAAUCUCUUCAGGAACUUGUCCCUAAUGGCAAUAAGACAGACAAAGCAUCAAUGCUCGAUGAGAUUAUCGAUUAUGUCAAGUUCUUACAGCUUCAAGUCAAGGUACUAAGCAUGAGUAGAUUGGGAGCUGCUGGUUCUGUUUCUUCUCAAAUCUCUGAGGAUGCUGGUGGGUCCCACGAAAACAACUCCUCUUCCUCCGCCGAGAAUCAUACGGCGGCGAAGUUGACGGAGCACCAAGUGGCAAAGCUAAUGGAAGAGGAUAUGGGAUCGGCGAUGCAAUACCUACAAGGCAAAGGUCUUUGUCUCAUGCCAAUCUCCUUAGCAACCACCAUCUCAACCGCCACGUGUCCUUCUCGUAACCCUUUGAUCCCCGCCGUUAAAGAUACCGGCGCCGUUCCUUUGUCUCCUAACCUCUCCGUCCAGUCAACGAGCAAAGCCACUACAACAAUUGGUAACGGUACCGUUAAAGACGCUCCUUCUGUUUCCAAGCCGUGA